AUGGCUAACACAGCAACAAAACCGUGGAUCCUCGCCAUCUCACUCGACCAUAAACCAUUUUUGGAUGAUAUGUUCGAACCACUCAUGGCCAAAAUUCGGAGAAGAGCCGACUUCUUGAGAGUUGAGGACGCAGACUCAGCAAAGCACUGGCUUUCACGAGCGACCCCGGAAGCUAUCCUCAUAACCGAUGAAGGCUUGACCGAGGACCAAAACAGCCAUGUUUGGCACGCCGUCCUUCGAUAUGUCCGUGGCGGUGGGACGGCGGUGGUUAUGGGUUGUUUUUCUAACUUUGUCCUACCCCUGAGCAUCAAACCAUUCUUCGCGCAAGCCGGUUUAGAGUGGUGUAGCGCCUCCUACACUGGCGAGACAUUUGUGCUGAAUGACGCAGCGGUGGACAGCUGUUCAGCUGCAAAGAUGGUUCCAGAAUACAGCACAAAGGCUCAGUUUUUGAAUAACGUCGCACUCGGAGACGCCUGGUAUGUCACAGACGAAGAAUCGAACGUCUUGUCUCCAAUAAACGCGAGAGCCGGAGAGAGCGCGGUCGCAUUCGCUUCUGUUGGGGACGGCAAGCUUGGGUAUAUCGGCGAUGUGAAUGCAGAACAUGGUUCGAAUGUUGCUGUUCUGGCAAUGUGCGGGCUUCUUUAG